UGCAACAGACAAGAAUGUGACUCAUCGUAAGCAAAAAUUAUGCUGCCACUGGGAGUGGCAAUGGCUUUAUAUCUCAUUGCUCCAGAGGCCCUGUCAUCAAUCUCAACAGUCAAGUUGACACCGUCAGUCCUGAGGAGAAGGCAAAAACAGUGCCACAAUGUGCUCUCUCAGUGCAGCCAAUGCCAAGUUCUGUCUGUACUUGUUCAGAGAGCUGAGCAAAGGAGAAAGAAACAAGAACAUCUUCUUCUCCCCACUAAGUCUCUCAGCUGCCUUUGGGAUGGUUGUCCUUGGAGCCAGGGGCAACACACUCGAACAGAUUGAGAAGGUGUUUCAUUUCAGUGAAGUUUUGAGAAGUACAAGCCAAGGAAACACAUGCCCUUCUGAGAAGUGUGAAGAAGAUGGAGGAGUCCAUUCCCAGUUUCAGGCUCUGUUGGCUGCAGUGAGUGAACCCAGACCAGGCUGCUCUCUCACCAUUGCCAACAGGCUCUUUGGAGAAAUUACUUACCCAUUCUUCCAGCAAUACUUGGAUUCCACAAAGAAAUUCUACCAAUCAGAACUGGAACCAGUCAAUUUUAAAUACACUGAAGAAGAAGCCACAGAUAAAAUUAACUUUUGGGUGGAAAAUGAGACAAAAGGUAAAAUCAAAGACCUAUUUUCUGCUGGGUUUAUCGAUCCCUCUACUGUACUUGUCCUGGUCAGUGCUAUAUAUUUUAAAGGAAAGUGGGCAGUCGAAUUUAAGAAAGAAGACACUAAGGAAACAUAUUUCCAUCUGAACAAGAAUGAGAGGAAGACAGUGCAGAUGAUGUUUCAAGAAGGUUAUUUUAACAUGGCCAUCAUACAGGAACUCAAAACGAAAGUGAUAGAGCUCUUAUAUUUUGACAGUGAAAUGAGCAUGUUCAUUCUUCUUCCUGAAGUCUGUGAGGAUUUUACUGGUCUGGAACAGCUUGAACACAACCUGACAUAUGAAAAACUAGCAGAAUGGACCAGCCCAGAUAGGAUGGAGCCGCUGAAAGUGAAGGUGUACCUGCCUCAGUUCAAGAUGGAGGAAAGUUAUGUUCUCAACAAAAUUCUCCAGGAGAUGGGAGCGAUUAAUGUUUUUGACUGGGGAAAAGCUGAUUUGUCCGGAAUUUCUAGGAAAGAUGGUUUGGUUGUGUCCAAGGUCAUCCAGAAGUCAUUUGUGGAAGUCAAUGAAGAGGGCACUGAAGCAGCUGGUGCCAUGGGGCUUGUUGCAGUGCCUCUGUGUCUCCCAGUUACUUACGAGUUCAAAGCUGACCAUCCAUUCCUCUUCUUCAUCAGACACAAUGAAACCAAUACCAUUCUCUUCUUUGGAAGAACAUGCUGAGGAAAUACUGGAUGCCAUUUCUUCCCAGCCCUGCACUAGUGCAAGGGAUUGAAUGGGUAAUUGUGUCCCGCCACAGGCAUGGGCUCUGUCACUCUGUGGGAAGGAGGCCUCUGCCUUCUGAUGGGGGUGAGAGAUGGCCAUUGUCUCUGGAUGAUUUGAGCAUCUGAACAGGUUUGCAAAAAACACGUGUGAACUGGUUUCUGAAACUCUGCUGUGUUCAUCCAGUUUCUUUGGGCUUCCACAGGAUAGCAAAAGACCACGUCUGUGACAACAGGGAGGCUCAAAGAUCAAGCCCUCAGCCUGAAGCAGGAUGUGCUUCUGAACUAAAUGGUUACAAAUCCUGUUUACGUGGGCAAUACCUUCUCAUGUCCUUGUGAUUCCCCCCACUCCCAACCCUACUCCUCCCCCUGAUAUUAGUGUCUAAAAAUGCCUGAGUUGUUUCUUUUGGAGAAAAAGAACAAAACACAAGAGCCUGGGAACAGCAGCGCUCCAUCAGGAGUCCAUCUGGCCCAAUGCAAUCUCUUCAGUGGCACCCCACAUGUGUUCACAAGAGAGUACAUGAGGAGUGCAGGUCUGCUUGUGUCAGGGUCCAGAGGGUGUUCACAGGCCACAAUGCCUCGGACUGGCCCCCCUUUGGACCUGCACUACAGAUACCCCCUCAAGCCUACUUCAGAGCUUGUCCUGAAGAACUAUGUGGAUGACAUAGCAUAACUGUUCUGUUCCGUUCUGUUCCAUUCCCUGCACUCACGAGGAGUUGUACAAGGAUGUGACCAUUAUUUACCUGAAAUGCUAAGGGGUUUUCAACACCAGAAACACUUUCAAAGACACAAAUCAGACACAAAUGAGGUUACAGGUGGGAUGAGUAUUUUAUUUAUAAAUCAAGAUUUUUUUAUUUAUCUCUGUUGAGUUAAUUUCAGUCUAGUUUAGCUUAGAUCUUAUUUCCUCUUCCUGAAUCUGUCAGAGCUGGUGCUCACAAGCCUGAAGCUGAUGCACAUGCGUAGCCAGCAGCAGGCUGACACAUCCUUCAGUUUAUGUGGAAAAAGGCCUCCCUUGCAGCGUGUCGUGGUUAUGUUAUGCCUUAGCUAUUAUGCCUUAGCUAUUAAACCGUUCUUAUCUCAAUC